UCUCUGUUGUUUUACAUGAUACUUCUCACAGCGGUAAGUAAAUAACUCGACUUCACACUAAUAGUAAAAGCUGAUAUUUUAUAAACUUAUCACAUAUAUUACAUUUUAAUCCAGGAAUCAAAUAGAAACAUAAAGAUGAUUUUCAGAUCAUGUUUAUGUGAAGGAGUCUGAUCAGUAAGUGAGAUUCCACUUCCAUCAGUCAGCUUCUUUCCCACAAUGCACCUGUGUGUAACCUCACUGCAGUGUAAUAAUGUACAGAGACGUUUACCGUGUUGAGUAAAAGACACAACAAACACGCAGCAUAUAACACACACCACUGACAGACUCCAUCAGAAUGUCUCUCCUACACUUUAUUUUCUCCUGCACUAAUAAGGAGCUACACCUCAGUAUGGGAGAAGAUCUAAAUGGACUGAUGAGUCAUUAAUGUUCUCCAUAUACAAUGUUCUAUAGUUACAUGUUCUGAUAUCAGAACAAUUUUAUUCAGCUACUAAUCAGCUGUCCACGAGGCGCACCAAUCCUUCCAUAAUUUCCCCUCCUUUAAAUCCUCGCCUUCGAGCCGCUCCUACGCAUCGCCGCUGCUGCGAUCCAACAGGGGGGGCACGGUGGCUUAGUGGUUAGCACGUUUGCCUCACACCUCCAGGGUUCGCCUCCGCUUUGUGUGUGUGGAGUUUGCAUGUUCUCCCCGUGCCUCGGGGGUUUCCUCCGGGUACUUCGGUUUCCUCCCCCGGUCCAAAGACAUGCAUGGUAGGUUGAUUGGCAUCUCUGGCCUCGGCAAACGCUCUCCGCAACGUGCUCGCCGCCGCACGCCGCGCUCGCCCUGGGUGAUGAUUCCCCUGCCGUCUCCAAUAUGGCUUAGUGGAUAUACAACAUGCUCGUUGUCAUAUUGUGUGGCAGGGGCGUGUGGUUUAGCAACAAGCUUGUUGUGACCACGCUGCAAGCCAGCCCAGGGCGAUGCAUCCUCCGCCGUCUCCACUAACUUAGUGGACAUCAACCCCGUUGUCAAUCGUGCGGCAGGGGUGCCUAGUCUCCCUCUCCCCACGACCCACACCUAGCUCCGACUCAGCCACGCACAUCGCAUGCCACCUUGCUCGGCCGGGAGACGCCCCCGAUUGCGUUUUGUGGUCCUACGGUGCCACGCAUCAGUUGCAUGCGCACGGACAGGCACGUGGAAAAAAUUCUCCCAGAACAGAACCAUCCCGCCAACACUAACUGUAUGCUCGCAAUAACCUUCAUUGACGAAGUGGUCCUGACUGAAAUCAAGCAUCGCGUUAGUUCAGGCAGGCCACGCAGUAAGCUGCAUCAGCUGCUUCAGCUGUCCACGAGGCGCACCAAUCCUGCACGACUUCCGUAAUUUCCCCUCAUUUAAAUCCUCGCCUUCGAGACGCUCCUACGCAUCGCCGCUGCUGCGAUCCAACACCCUCCUCCGUCCCGACUCCUCCAGCCAGAACCCGUCGCCAGCACCGAUUAAAUUCUUCACGUACUCGUUCUAUUCAUUCCCAAGCGCUGCGUCCCCACCCCAUCCGUAACCUUCAUUGACGAAGUGGUCCUGACUGAAAUACACAUACAUUAAUAAUUUGUUUCUGGCUGCAUGAUUUUUCCCUCCACAGUUAUGUCUCUGUACCUGAUGAAUCUGUCCGAUGUGAGCAGAUGAUGAUGAUCACAGUGUAACAGAAUGUUAUGUAGAUUUACUGACUGAUGGCUAACUGUUAAACCUUUAUGAUCUUAGAUUUGUUUAGGAAGAUAAUGAAACUGUUUUAUGACCAAAGUAACAGUUCUUUUCUUUAUUUUAUAAUUUAUCUUUAAACUCAUUCACAACACAUUUAAACUUUAUUAUUCUCAGAUACAGGAGCAAUCUGGAGCUCCACAGAGGACAGAACAGACAGAUAAAGACUUCUGUGUUUAUCAGAGAGACAUAAAAUGGACAGAAAAUGAGAGAAAGAAAAUGGAGAAAUCUGUUCUACUGACUGCUUCUUCAGAGGAGGAUGAACUGUCUGAUCUUCUCUCAAAGACUAAAAUAAGUGGAGAUUUAGGAAUUCAGACUUUGGAGGUCUUCAUUCCAGAACUAGUUGAAAACUAUGCUGGGAAUAAGAACAAAGAUGAAUAUAGGUUCCUCUGCCAUCAUGCUGGUCAGUUUAUGUGCAAAUUGACCAAUCUUGUGUUUGAGAUGGAUGGGAAAGGGGAAGUGCUGUACAGAAUAGUGUCCUGGGACAGCGGUUACUUGGAUGGACUAAGACAACUGCAGCCUGCAGGACCUUUCUACAGUAUCUCCUGCCAUGAAGGCUCUAUCCGUCAUCUGCAUCUACCACAUUGUGAGAUCUGCACAGAUGAGGUUAAAUUGAGUGCAGCACAUGUGACUGGUGGUAAUGUGGAACUUAUUCAGCCACUAAAAGUAACAAACACACAUGUCAUCAUAGACAUUCAAGGUCUCUCCUUAUACGGCCUCUUGAAAUAUUUUCCUUUUUUCCGAGAAUAUCCCGUCACAGCCCAAGUGAUUUUGUUCUAUAAAAAAGUAUGUGGAAAUUCCAGGAAGAGUAAACUGCAUAUGCAUCUUUUGCCAGGCAAUGUGCCAGUACCAGAGGUGCACAAACGGCAUAGGAGCAUGACGUACAUUGAUACAAGCUCCAACUGUGAACUGACUUCUGGCAAAAAAUACAGGCCAUGUUGUAAAGAUACUGACCAUGAAUAUGUAUUACAACCCACGAUUGUGAAGUUUGAAUGUGACUAUGGCCCAAACUAUCAUCCUACAUUUGAGAUGUUUUGUAAAACUGAGGUUGAUGAAGUCACUGUAGGUCUUUUGGAUGAAAAUGACCAGGAAGUUUGGGAGCCCCGUUUGGUCUUGCUUGCAGGUACAGAUGCAGCCACACCCACACCCACAUCAGAUACCACAGGUGCUGACUUUAUGGAUCGACACAGGGAACAUCUCAUUCAGAGAGUUUCUUCGGUAAUGGAGAUAGCAGACUGUUUAAAAAGCAAGAUGAUGAUUAGUGAUGAAAAGUACAAUAAAAUUCAUGCAGCAUCAACAUCAUGUGAGCAAAUGAGGCUCCUGUACAGUUCCCUCAAUACAGGAGUUGUGAAAGCAGAAGCCUAUAAAGUCCUUAAGGAGAAACAGCCUCACUUAGUGGAUGAAUUGAGUCUGGAUUGAUCCUCCCAAUUUUAAUUGUAUAGACAUUAAGAUGUUUGAUAUACAUUUUUAUGAUUGGGUUUUUAAUUUGUUAUACAGUAUUUCCUAACAGUUAAGAGUAUAUCUUGUAUGUAGAACAGCAUCAUAAAUGCAUUUAUUGCAUUAUUUUGCACUCCAGUGGUUUGAUGUUAUGCAAGUUGCACCACAUAUUGACAUAUCUUCUACAUUGCAUAAUUUAAUAGCAUUAUCUCAAUCUAUAAACUGAGAAAGGUUCAUGUGGAUAUGUGUAGCCUUAAUGUUUACAUUAACCCUCCUGUUUUCCUUACCUGAAUUCCUAUGCAAAUUAGGAGCGCCGAGUCAACUUGACCUUGUCUGUUUUAACUGCUUAUAAAAAAUGAAGUAUAUAUGAUAGCCUUUUGUUAGUCUAACUUGUUUCCAACAUAUUAACAUAUAUUUUGCAAAAAAAAUUAAUAUUUGGUAUAAUAAACCUUAUUUAUAUACAAACAUGCCUCAUUUUUUAGUAAAAAAAACAACAGAAAUUUUGAAUUAUUUUUACUACAGAGGCACGAAAGUUGAUGCACAAUUACAGGCUGGUAUAUUUCAAAGCCAGGAGAUUGUUUUGAAACCAUUUUGACUAUUUUUAAUGUCAGCAAAUAAUAAAACCUGUUUUUUUCCAGGUCAAAUUGACUUGAAUGCUUAUAAAUCAAAAAUUAUACAAUUAUCACCAUUCUGUGUGAUCAGCCUUACAUUUGUUACAAUUGUGUGUGCCUGUGUGUAGCAUCAUUUCGGUAGAUCAUAUUUUGCCCUCUGCUAGGCAAAGGCAUAUCAAAAGUGUGAAAUAUUUACAAAUAUGUAUCUUUUUUUUUUCCUGGAGGCCUAAUGAAUUGCAAUGCCCUAUUUGUGUGUGUGCAUGUGUGUGUGUGUGUGUGUGUGGUGUGUGAGUGUGUGUUUUGGGUGCAUGUGUUAGUGGACAUUUUAUGUGUGAAUCUUUGUGCCUGUAGGUAUGUUCAUUGCGUUGAAAAUGUGUGACCUAUUGCCCCACUAAAUGUGGCCGGGUCCAACUGACCCUGGAGGAUCCAAAACGCAAGUAUAUAGUGGUCCGAACAUAGUUCAAUGAAAAUAGACAAAAUUAAUUUUUAGUCUAUAGUUUAAUCUAUAAAAAAUCUAAAAAAAAAUCUAUAGUUUUAACAGGGGUUUAUAGUUUUAUCAUCCAUUAUAACUUGAAAUGCUCACUUGUUUUGUGCCACUGUGACCAAAGACAAAUGGUCAGAAUACUUGCAGUGUUUUUUAUUAUAAUCUCUGUGUGACUGCUGAUUAGAUGGGCAUCUAAAAGCAAACACAAUGAGGAUGGCAAGGGCUACAAAAAGGAAAAGAAAGCCAGUGCUACAGUAUAUGAACCAUUACUAUGUAUACCAUUAAGUACUUUAUACUAGUGUUUAAGAAAUAAAACUUCAGUCAGUAUGUUUUUGGUGUCUGUUUUAAAUGUAUUUUUUCUUAGUUGUAUUUUUAGAAACUUGCUUGGAUAGAAAGGAAAAAACUAAACUGCUUGUAUGAGCUAUUUGUUUAUUUGCGUUUGUGUAAUGUUAAAAUUUAGUUUAUUUGUUAAGUAGUUUAUUUUUUUGUCUUUUUUGUUCAUUUAUGUUAAUUAGAAUAUCUUUUUUUAUUAUUCUUCUAAUUUGAUUGGUUAGUAUUUCUUUUCUAUUGGGUUAGGCCAUGUGCACCUAGGGGAUAAAAGGGCUUUAGUUGUGUCAGCCCAGAAUGCACCUGGGUGGGCCUAUGGGGUUUUUUUUUACCAGUUUUGUCAAGCCAGUUGGGCACAAGGAGCAGGAGAUGCAAAAUUGUUUGUUUGCCUGCAAACCCUUUAAUAAAGCUCACCAAACAUGU